UUUGUAUUCAGUUUUCCUCUUUGUGUACUUUUGGUGAAAUUAAGCUAUUCUUGGUUUUGUGACAAGCAUUUGGGACCUUUCUGUUUGUAUUUUACGCAUCUCAUAUCUCAUAGGAAUAAACUAGUAUUUAGUAAUAUAACUUCUGACUUAAGUUUUUCAAGGCUUAAAAAAUAAAUAAAGAUAAGGAACCACUAUGGCAGCAAUCCUAUCUCAUUACAGUACUAUAGGAUUCUAUAAAGCACCAGUGUCAAAAGGACUAUUGGGCUGUAUGUUUAUAACCUCAUUGGCUCUGAAUGUUCCACUUUUAGCACAUAUAAAGCAAUUUGUUGUCUACAAUGUGUCUGAUAUCUUCGAUAAAUAUGAGGUAUGGCGUGUAAUUACUUCAAAGAUUUGUUUUCUUGAUACCAAAGAUCUUGUUUGUGGAUCUCUCUUGAUCUAUUAUUUCAGAAUUUUUGAACGACGGUAUGGUUCUCACAAGUUUUCAUCGUAUCUUCUUGCAACUUUCACUCUAGCAACAUUGUUGGAACUUGCCUCUGUAUUUAUUCUAAGGAAGCUUGAGUUUCAUGUUACUACAUUGCCUAGUGGGCCGUUUGGCCUUGUAUUUCCAUUAUUUGUCAAUUAUUAUACAGACUUUCCAAGAGUAGCACAUGUUUACAUUAUGGGGGUUCCAGUCACAGGCAAGACAAUGUCAUACCUUUUAGGUUUACAGGUACUGGCUAACAAUACAGAAGUUUCAAUGAUGCGGCACAUGUGCUCUCAUCUUGCAGGUCUGAUCUGUCGUUGGAAUUUGCUACGCAUCACAGACUUUAUUUAUGUGCCCAAAUUUUUAGCUCACUUUGCUAAAAUAACUCUAGGUUGGCUGCUGAAAUCUGCACCGCCACAGGAAGGAGUUAUUCCUAUGGGAGCAACUCUUGACAUUCAACGACAACAGCAGCUAGAGCUACUUGAACAACAGAGAAUUUUAAGUAGAGCAAGAGAGAUAAGAGAAAAUGGACAGAUUCAGGCUCGACAACAAAUGGCUCAAGGCUAUGCUGAAAGACUUGUGCCAGCAUCAACACAAGACAGCAGGCUUUUUCCUUCUUCAAGCUCUAGGGAAGUAUGGGAGAAUGUGUUUAACCUCAGAAGAAGAAGAAUUGGUGCAGAACAUGAAAAUCAAUGGAAUAUGGCAGGAAGUUCUUUAGAAUCUCAUGGAACAAUACAACCCAAUGAUGUCACACCUGUUGUAGAAGAAAAGGUUCAGAAGCUGGUAGAAAUGGGAUUUGAAAGACAAAGUGCUGUCAGAGCACUAGAGACAUCAAAUAAUGAUCUCAAUGCAGCUACAACAAUUUUGCUAAAUGAGACAUGAGAAUUUUGAUCUUUUUUUUGGAAGUGAUGUGAACAAAUUGUACAAAAAGUGAUUAGAAAUUAGCUUAAAUAUGAAAAAUGAAAUGAAGAAAAGAGAUGAAGUACAGUAGACUUUGAUUUUAUGUUGAUAGGUUGUACAGAUGUUAAGGUAAGGAGUGGAAUAUUCUUCUUACUGCAAAUAACAAAUAAACUUGACAUAACAUACUGGAAACCUACCUUGUUAAAUUAUUUGAGUUGUUUUUAGAUACUGUUAGCAUGUACUUAAAUUCUCUGUGCUUACUCUGAUGUUUGGGAUGCAUGUUAUUGUUCUUUGAUUAUUCAGACCCUACUUUAGGUAUUUCAUAGAAUACCUUGCCAGCUUGUUGCAUUUUAAAUAGUGAAAUCACCGUUUCAUAUCUUUCAUAGUUGUUGAAAAUUAGAUAAAAACUUCUGGAAAAGAAAAUAUUUUUUAUGCUUAGUUUGUUCUAUAAUCAUAUGCAUUGAAUAGAAUUAAAUUAUUGUGUAUAAUGUUCACAUUUUAUGACAGUCUGCUUGUCAUUUGCUGAAGUUCUUAUUCUAAAGAAAACCUUAAAUAAUUAAAUAUUCAAUGCCAUCUGAAGUUUUGCUUGCACAUGUCUGUUAUUCAUGUAGUGAGUAUUAGUUCUAAUAAUUAUUUGAGAAUAUCAACUGGGUAUACGCUUAAUUGAUAUCUUCCAAAAAGAUGUGUUACUAUAUAAGUUUCAGUGAUAUCACAAAAGAAGGAUAACUUGUAUCAUGCAAGUUCAGCAGAUACUUUUCUUUGUCUUAAUCAGCCACUGGGUUUUUCAUGCACCAGUUAAGUAGGUAUAAAGAUAAAUUGUCUUAAUCAUCAUUGUUGUAUUGCCUUUCUUUUGUUAUUAUUUCAGAUACAUUGCAAUUAAAAUAUACCACUGAUGCAUUACUAUAAGGCAAGUCAACUUGAAAUUGAAGAGUAUUGAUUGUUGUCCUAUUUUGAUAUACUUUAGAUGCAUAUACAAGUAGAGAGAAUCAGAAUAUACUAUUGCUAAUACUGCAGAAGAAAAAGGAUGGAAGUAAAAAGUGUUGAACUCUGAUAUGGUGUCACAGUACUAAAAUAGUUUUUGCAUUUAAAAUGUAGUCUUAACAUUACUUUUUCUAAUAUCAGGUCUGUAUAGUCCUUCCAAUGUCAUGUGUGCCUGCUAAAAGAUAGGAUAACAUCUCUAAUAUCAGGUCUGUAUCUGUUGGGUUACAGUAUAGUCCUUUCAAUGUCAGGUGUGCCUGCUAAAAGAUGGGAUAACAUCUCUAAUAUCAGGUCUGUAUCUGUCAAGUUAUAGUAUGAUCCAUCCAAUAUGUCGGGUCUGUCUGCUAAAAGAUGGGAUAACUCUUUUAAUAUCAAGUCUGUAUCAGUUGAGUUAUGGUACAAUAUGAGUCUUAUGGUAGGUUAUUUCCUGCUGAGAGAUGGGAUAGUCUUUCCCUGUUGUCGAUUGAGUUAUGCUACAGCAUUUAUUUUAUGUUAGGUCAGUGUCUGCUAAGAGAUAGGAUAGUUAGAUAUGAAGUCUGUGUUUUAUUUAUAAUACAGUCUGCCUCUUACAGUAGGUCAAUGUCUACUAAAAGUUAAACUUCUGAGACAGUAACUCACCUUUUAACACAGAAAAGCUAUCUUCCUCACACAUCUGCCUAAGAGAUUUGCAUGCCACUAGCCUUGAGGCAACUCCCACCUAAUUUCCUGUGUCUCAUUGUUAACUGCUCUAGUGCAUGAUGAUGUCAUCAUGUGAUAAAAGCCCUCCACCAAUAGGAAGGCAACACAAACUUCAUACACAGUAACUCCCCCAUUGCACUGCACUUGUGAUAACUUCAUUCUUCUCCUUGGCAUUUUAUUGAACAGACAUGUUUAAAUUUCUCGUCUGAGUGCAAGUUAUUGAAAUUUACAUUGUCAAUGAAACUUUGUCCUGUGUGAGUGACGUUAUUCACACAUGGGCCUUAUAUUUUCUAUUGCUUCUGGAGGCUCUUUAACUGUUAGGGAUGUUGCAGCCAUUAUUCAACAUGUAGUGGAUUACCACAUGCUUAAUGGACCUCCAAUUCCUGUCUCAUUGGCCGAAAUUAUUUCUCUUCAGUUGGUAAUGAUCUAUUGCACUGCGAUUUGUUUUGGGUAGUGCCUUAUUAUUUGAGAAACAAACGUAACCUUCCUAUGUUAUUCUGGAUUUCAUUCUCAAGUAUGUUUCUUUCCUUAUCUUUUUCAUGUGUCUUUUUUUAUUUCUCUUUUUUUAUUCACCAAGGUAUUUUUCCUCACUUUUCUUCUAUUUGCUCCUCUUUCCAUUUCCUUAUCCCUUCUCUCCGACCCCAUCUAUAGUCUUUUUUUCACCCGGUCUGAUGUUGUCCAUGAUCAAAGUGUAAGACACCUUUCUACACAUCCCUCUUAACUUAUUCUUCUUAUGUUUUCUAUAUUCCUUCCAUUGGAUUCACAUCUUCCAUUUCCUUGCUCUUCCCUUCAAAAUGGUGUCGGCAUCUUUUGUAUUCAUUUGUAUCGUGAGGGUCUUUUCUCGCCAUAUUCAAGGCCUUGGCAUUCCUUUUCUGGUACAAUUGGCUUCUUUUGGCCCAUACUUUGAUGGUAUCCUCAUUCAUACACCGCUUUAUUUUAACAGGAGGCUACUUAGUUGGGGUGGCUUGUCAUGAAAUCUAUGUUCUUUCUCUCACACUCAGUAUUUGGUACUUCUGGAUGCUUUCUUCAUCUCUGUAGAUGAUCACUUGCUCAUGAUACACUCCUACAAUUCCAUAGUUGUUUCUUACAUCGAGCAUGUUUCAUGAUGCUGUGUUUUUGGACUUUGAACCUACUCUCUUAAGCCCAUUCACAUUUGGUUCAUCUUGUUCCCUGUCAUUUGCCAGAGCUAAGAACUUGGUGGCAGAUCACUUCUCUCAGCCUGUCUACAUUCUAUUAGUGAAGUGAUCUGUAUACCCCCAGGUCAUUCAUUUGGUUUGCUUCCUCUCUUCUAGUUCCCUGUGCUUCAUCCUUCAUCUCUGGCUGUCGAUGCCCUGAGGAGGGCCUGGUCUCACUUCUUUAUAUAUAUCUAACCUUCUCUUUGUCUCCUCUCUUGGGUCCUCGUCUUGAUACACGAUACUUCUAUUGUUGGCACCUCUAUGGCCAGUUGAGCUUUGGUUUCCACCCUCCUUUCUCUGCCCAAUAUCCUCUCUAUUACUUUGAGGUCACAUAUUAAUUUUCCAUCAAGGGAUAUCAUCCCUUCAUCUUUAAAUAUAGGAUUCAUCCAGUCCUUUGCCCAUCAUUUUCACAUUCUUCUUGUCGCAUUCCUGUCACCCUUCUGCUAUGUCUGUCAAUGGCAGUGGUGGGUCUUUUGUCAUUGGUCCAUUUGCCACUCUUUUUCCUCCAUGUUAUCCUUCUCUGAACCAUCUUUCUGUCAUUUUACGUGGCCUUUGCUGGUUGUCGGGUAGCCUUGUACAUUGCAUUUUGCUUUUUUUUUUGGUACCACAUGGUGUUUCCUCCCUUAUCCUCUCCUCUUUUUUUCCACUCCCUCGUUCUUCUCCACUCUCCUCAUCUGACUCCCUUGCUUUAUUGAGACCUUAAUGUAGUUUUGCACUCUCUCACGCAUACAGUUCGAGCUGUUGGCUUCUUCCUCUUUGUUCUGUCUUUCUGUCCAGACUUAUUCCCCUUCUUUUCACCUGCGAUUGCUGUCGUUCAGAGCUUCUUCCACUGCAUUUAUAUACUCCUCUCUCAGGACCAAUCUUUCUUUCCUAAAACAUUUAUCACUCUGGAAGAUAACUGUACUUUUUCUCCUAUUUUCUUUCCUUCUGUCUCUCGCCUAUAUGAUCCUUUGGAUCCGGAUUGGCUUCUAUGACCUUUUCACGGCUGAGGGUACAACUACAAGAUCAAGAAUAUCUUGUAAGCCAUUUGUAUGGAUGUGUUAUUACAUCUGUAUUGAUUGUCACUAGGUUAUUUUCUAGGAAUUGAUGUAGUAUUCUGCCAUUAGGGUUAGUUAUUUUACAAUUAAAGUCUGUGUGCUUGAAAUUUAAAUCAUCUACUAUAAUUGUUUUGUGGUAUAGAUUGAAUAAGACUUGUAAGAAGUCAGUGUCAGGUUGGGUGGCAGGUGAGACAUAAAGAGUUAUGAAGGUGAUUAUGGGUUAUUGGGAGAGGGGGUGAAUCUGAAAGAUGUAGAUCCAUGUAGACUUAAUUUGUGGUAAGGUUAAUUUGAUGUUAUUUUGGUACCAAAGAGCAGUGCCUUGAUUAUGUGGUGAUUUGUGUUUCUGAAUUAUUUUGUAUUUAGGUGAGCUAAAGUUGCUAUUUUCAUUAAUGUAGCAUCUCUUUUAUGCUUAUAAUAUCAAUAUUAAUAGAUUUGCAUAACUGUAGCAAUUCAAACCUUUUAUAGUAUCAACCGCCUCGAAACAUACCAUUUAAACCAAAAAAUUGUACUUACCUGUUGAAAUGUUGACCAUCACAGUGUUUAUUAAGGAGUUUCAGUAGCAGGAUAGGGUUGGAAGUCUCAGGAGACUCGAAAUAGAAACCAGCUGCAGCACAGGUCUGUGUCACGACAUAGAUGUAUCAUCAGGCUAGGAUUCUCCCUGCAUAUCCAGAUGGCAUUGCUGAUGAAGGUAGAAAGUCUGGUGUACAAUACUGGGAGAUCUAUUUUCUGUUGGGUUUGAGGAAGAGGUGCUUGGGCAGCUUUGGCAUAGGUCUUUUUCAGUGUUGUGUAGGGGGCUGAAGGCUUCUGAAUAGCUUGAUGGCUGUUUGCUGAGGUGGCAGCAUUUCCAAGCUGAAGAGUCCUACAAGUGGUAGUGGCAGCUCUUGGUGCUAGGUUGGAGGCUUGCCAUCUGAAUUAGUAAGAGAUGGCAUGGGGAUCCUUUGCAGUUGGCACAUUUGGGUAUUUCCUGGGCAUUGGGGCACUCCGAGACAGGGUGUAUCUCUCCACAGCAUACACGUCUGGUAGCAGCAGUACAGACAGUCUUCAAAUGGCUGAAACGUUGGCAGUGGAAACACUGCACUGUCUUAGGGGGUGGUGGUCUUGGUGGCUUCUACAGAGUGGUGUAAAUACCAGAAGGUAAUGCCAUCUCAGAUUAAGAUGUCUGCUAUCUUCAAGUCCUUGACUGUGAUGUGGAUCAGAGGUGUGAUGUGACUGGCCCUGGCUGAUUUGAUGCAUUCAAUCUUGGUAGUGCUAAUUCCCUGGGUAGUGAGUUCCUCUCUUGGGAGUGAUUCAAUAGUAAUGUGAAUGGAACCAUAACAACACUGAAGGUGUUGUCUGUUUCAGGAUUGUGGAGUAACCUUGAGGGUGUGCACAACAAUGCCAUCCUUGGGUAGGUAGCUGAUGUUGGUAAAUGGAAUUAUAGGGAAUAGGUGGUGAAGUUCCUUGGCUUUGUCUGAUUGCCAGAAAGUACUCGAGACUCCUUCAAUGAUAAUGGCAGGAGAUUACUGAGGAGCUUUCAUGCCAGUAGCAGUAUUAUUAGUCUGAGGGCUAGGAGGUGAUGGAAACUUCUUUUUUCCUGAUGGUUGUUUUCUUCUUGACUGUCUUUGGUGAAUUCUGUGGCAUGGAAUCCAAAGAAUUGGUGGAAGGAUCAUUAGUGACAAUUAACAAGUCUUGGUUGCAACUGGAGCAGUCAUCCUGGGUGUCUUCAAUUAUGGCAAAAUGGGUCGAGGACAACAAUGGCUCGACAGUGGAUCUGGAGACCAUAGUCCUGGCUUGGGUUGACAUUCUAGAAAAAAAUGCUUUAGAGGAGACAUGAAAAGGGCUGUUAACAAUAAAGAAGACUAGUCUACUAAACAGGCAAAUAGAAACCCCAAUGUAGUUGUAAUGGUGUACUGUUAGCACUAACAAAUUUUAGGUAUUUUUUAAACGGUCAACCUGGCUGGGGUAUUCAAUAUUUAUGGAACACUGGUGAAAAACAUGUCCAAUCUAGUUAAAAUUCAGAAAUAUUUGGCUCAUGCUUGCUGGCUUUUAAAAAUAUGGAUUUGCAGUCACCCAUUGCACUGUCUCUAGUAAAAGAUAUUUCCAGCUGGAGGUUUGAUGUGGAUCUGGGCACUUCUCUGGGUGUCCUCAAUACAAAUUCUCAACCCUCAAUUAAGUGGAGCACAGGAGACCCUUGCCACUGAGGUGGUGGAUGAUGGAGAUUCCUCACCAAUUGGGCUUAGUGCAAUAUGGUGAGAGGUUGGGUAGUGAUGACACUGUUAUUGUAGUGCAAGUCAUCCCUCUAAAACCAUAACUAAUACUACUUGUGCCCUCCUCCUGCUGCCAGAACCUGUUCAAUUGAGUAGAGGUGAACACCCAAUUUAUGGAAAACAUGAUACACAACUAAUGUGUCCCCCUCUGUUCAGUAGAGUUGAGGUGAGCACACACUAUAGGAAACCAUACUGCAUAACUAAAGUGCCUUCCUUCUGAAGAUGGAGUCUGUUCAGUAGAGUUGAGGUGAACACACAAGAUACAGUCUGAACAUGCCCCAAACAUACUACACAUAUUAGCUCUCUAACUGCUUAUGUACAAGUACUAGGAUGGUCUUAUUCUCAUUCUGCCUGUUCGUGUGACACAUGGGGCAUAUUUUCCAUUUAUAUUCUGAGUGAAGAGUAUAUCCAAAUCAAGAGAAAAUUCAGUCUCCCAGGGCUGUGCCCCUAUGGAGCCCCUGCCAUCAGGUGUCAGAUUCUAUGAGCUUCCCUUCAGGUGCUUUUGUAAGGGAACUCAUCUUCGUAAAAUUUUGCACCAGCUCCUCCAUCAUUUCAACAUGGGAUUCUAACUUUUCUGUGUUUAGAGGUGAGUUAAUAUUUCAGAAGUUAGCAUUUUCCUAAUCUGAAAAUGUAUACCUGAUAGAUACUUCUACACAAAUCCCCACUCUUCUCUGUGCUCUUGGUGCUCAUAUUUGUCUUGCCUCACCAAAAAAUGAAAUUAUCAUGAAUACAAGUGCAUAGGGGGAGUUACUGUGCAUGGGAGUUGUGUGGUGGAGGGCUUUUCUUGCAUGGUGAUGUCAUCAUGCACCAGUACAGUUCACGUUAAAAUACGAGACUUGGGCAAGAGUUAUCUCAAGGCUUGUGGCAUGUAAUUCUCUUAAGCAGACAUGCGAAGAAGAAAGCUGUCCUGUGUGUGUAUUGUAAAUACACUUUCAGAUUAGGAAAAUGUUAACAUCUUCUUCUAGUGCUGCUGAAUAUGACAAUGUAUUUGUGAUUGUCUAGUGGUAGUAUUUUUUGCAUAUAUAGUGCUAAGUAAUUUCUAUUUCUUACUUUUGAGCAAAAAUAUUUGCAUAAAUUUUAAUAGAAUUGUAUGUGAAUCUUCUGAACAUUUGUUGUUUUUUUAAUAUAAUUCAUGAAAUUAUAAUCUACAAGCUAUUUCCUGAAAGAGCCUUAGAAAUGAGGUUUAUUAAACCCCCUUAUUAAAAGUAGACAAAUACUUCCGUUUGAUACUUUAUGUGUCACUCCUGAAUAAUAAUUUGGUUGUCAUCUUGACAAAUGAUCCUAGGAGUGAAGAACUGGUAGAAUGAGGUAAUUUUUACUUUUUCCCAUGAAUUAUAUAUUGAAGCUGUAUUGAUGUACAUUAAGGGUGAGAUACUGACUUAAAAUGUCAGUAUGUAACACAUUUUAAGGUUAUAAAAUAAAAAGACAAUUAAUUAUU